CUCUCUCUCUAUCUCUCACCCUCCGGUCUCUCGUUCUCUCUCUCUAAAUGGAAGCUCUUAGCUUUAUGAAACUUUGGCUAACAAACGCCAACGGAAAUAAACCCCGCCGUGAAAUCAUAACCUCAGACUCCACCGCAACGGGAGAUCCAGAACUUUAUCUCCACGAAGAAGAAGAUGAUUCCUUCUUCGAGCUCGAGAUCUCUCUCUCCGACUUCUCUCUAAAUAAAAACAAAACCCAAGAGGGGAAAGAAGAAAAACAGACAACAACGUUCUCUGUCUCAAAGAGCAAAGUCCUCCCUCUUGUCGAAACCACUUCGAAACCUCAAUCUCCGAUCACUUCACUAAACUCCGAUCAAAAGCUUGGUGCUUUCUCAAUCAAGAAAGAAAACAACGACAGGAGCCUCAACGCAAGGUUCAGAAUCGAAGACGAGACAAACUCUGUUUCCUCCACUUCUUCUUCAAAGAGAUUCUUUGACCUCGUAAAGCCUUUGUACAGCAAAACAACGAAGAAACAGAGCGUUAACAGUGCGUCUUCAUCUCCGGCGUCUUCACCGGCGGCUAGGGAAAAACAGAGGAGUAACGUCCCAUCAGGGAUUCGUAGCGUGAAAAGACAGCUUGGGAAGAGCCGGUCGGCGUCUGCGGCCGUCGGAGCGAUGUCUCCGGGGAAGAGACUCGAUGAGUCUUUACAGGUUCAACAAGAUGAGAUUCGAAGUGCAAUUCUUCAUUGCAAGAAAUCGUUUCACGGGUCGAGAGAAUCUUCUAUGUUAUCACGAUCUACUAGUGAAUCUUCCUCUCAUGAGAAACUCAGUACUUCGUCGUCUGAAGGUAAUUAGAUUCUUAUUUGUUUUCAAGAGUAGUAGCAAGCGAUUCAAUGUCGGAGAAAUCUAUCGAUGGCCUGACUUCAAGCACAGAACAGAUGGAGAAGAUUAGCGAUUAGUUUUUUUCUUUUUCUUUUUGGGAAGAAGAAACUGAAAAUUAGAGCGCAAUAAUUUAGCUUUUUGAAAACUAGUUUAAAAUACAAAUUUUAGCAAAAAAAAAAAAGAAAACUAGUUUAAAAUGAUGAUAAUGAUGGCAAAACAGAGAAUCUUGUUGCAGGGUCAAUAGAGUUUCAGAUUAUUUGAAGGGUCGUGUUAUUGCCUUUGUAUAGUGAUGGAUCAUUAUGUGAUUCCUGACACCUAGAAAUUUGGGGAAAAUAUGGUAAAUAUAUAUGUUUAUUACAUAUCUCUGUCGUCUUUGUUUGUCACCCAGCUGAGCUAACAAUGUAACACUUUGUACUUCAACUCUUUUUUUGUCAAGUAUGCUUCAACUUCUUA